AUGGCGGACAACUACAAGCAAGUUAAAGUAGGUCGACUGAAACUCAAAGGAAUGGACGAUAGCUCAAGAAAACGAAAGCACAAGAAGAAGAAAAGAGAAAGAGAAGAAGAAGGAGAACCAUCUGAUAUCGAUGCACUUCGCCAUGGUGGUUGGAGAAAAGUUGAAUCAUUCGCUGAAGCUAGCGGUAACGUCGCGCUGCAAACGUUUAAGAAAUCUUACGUGGAGGCAUUAAACAGUGGUUUGUUUUCUGUUGGUGAACCGAGGGAUGAUGGCGAAAAUUCACCGGCUCCUGUUGAAGUAUUUACUGCAGUGCAGUUGUCCGAUAAAAAAAUAGCACUGAAAUCGGGUUAUGGUACGUACAGGACAAACUAAUACGCGAUCAAAGACGUUCACAAGUUGAAUACCUUGUUAUUGUCCACAUCAUUUCAUGAAACUCUCUCAGUAUCUUAUCCCAAAUCUGACCGGCUUCACAUUUCUAUCUGUACGCUCACUAGCAGAUGGCGAGGAGACAAAAUCACCCGCAAGUUCUCUUUUGAUCUUUUGGAUUUGCAGAAGAAUACCAGUAGAAGUUGAAAAUAUUAUUGAAGGCUUUGUCAUCGUUGAUAGUUCAUUUGGGGCCUCAUCCCCUUGUAAACUGGCCGAGGAAAUUUUGUUUGCCUUCAAGGUUAACCCGGUCACUUCCUUAAGUAAAUUUGACAAAAUUUCCAAUUUCAUUUUGCUGAAAAGGUUUACUGCACUUUUCACAAACAUGCGAACUCUAAAGUUCAAAAGCCAACUUCACAAUUGCGUUUUUCGCUGCCAUCAAUCAUAAUUACGAUCACAAGCAACAAACAUUGAAACACAGAAACACAUAAAACGAAUCGAAAUCCACCAAUCACAAAUCAGAAACCAUGACCUUUUGAACCUGUUAAAGUAAAGUUUUGUUUCCUAAGAGGUCCAUUAAGAUGAUUGACGGCAGCGAAAAAUACAAUCGUCAGUUGGCUUUUGAACUUCAGAAUUUGCAUGUUUAUGAAAAGCGCAGUAAAUCACUCGAAUAGUCACACUUCAGGACUGGUUUAUGCCGGUUUCACUACCUGUCUAGUUCGCUGUGUUCGAGUUCGCUACAUGUUCGCUACUAACAUGCCAAAUUCGCUGCCUCUGUUAAUUCACUGUUUUAAUUCGAACCGAACUGAGCUAAAACAUGGCGCCCAUUUCAGGUUGAGGAAGGCAGACUUAUUUAAAACAAGAUGUUCAUUCUAAAAAAUCGUGGAAGCAGGAUGACAGAAGAAAGUAAUUAGCGAAUUCGGCGUGUUAGUAGUGAACAUGUUGCAAACUUGACGUGGUGAACUAGACAAGUAGCAAAACUGGCAGUUACCACAUGAUUUCAUCCACAGACCGAACAGCUGGAACCACCUUACAAGACUAUCAUUUACUCUGGGACUGGUAUUUUCACUCCCAUAAGUAAAUUUUGACGUGCAUCGCCGAUGAUGGGCAUAAUACAGAAUACAGAGCAACUAUUAUUUUUUAGAAUUAUAAUUCUUUCAAGUGGCUCAGAGGUUCAUUAAUGAGUUAAAACAACCUUAUCAUUAAGUGGCUUGGUGACUCAGCACUCCCAACUGAAAGGCCACUGAGGUGCUGGGCCACUAAAAUAUAUAAUUUUUUUUUAUACCAGUACCUUCCGCAUUCUUCAAGACUCUAACUUCGACUGACAGGCCACCGAACCCCAAAAAUAUAUACAAUGUACUUUCACUUGUUCUUUAAAAUGUAUCUAACACUUUAUUAAGUUAAAUAUUUAUCUUUCUCAUUCUUUUAACAUUUGUCUUUACCCAGUGAGCCACCAAGCCACUUCCAUUUAAGUCCUGACAAUUUGGCCCUGCAUUCUGUAGUUGCUUGUGAAUACAUGUUUACACUCUUUCUUCCAAUGGCAGGGAAAUACAUGUCUGUUGAUAUGAUGGGAAAUGUCAGUGGUAGAUCUGAUGCCAUUGGUCCACAAGAACAGUUUGAGUGUGUGUUUGAAGAGGAUAAAGCUGCCCUAGAAACAUACAAUGGCUGCUUUCUGUCAGUGAGUGAUGAGGGUCAACUCUCUGCAACAAAGAAAAUCGUUGGAGAAAAGGAAACAUUUUGCAUAAGAACCAGUGCUGUGAAAGUGUAAGUCAACUAGUUUUGUGGUGUUAACACUGUGAGAAGUUUAUCUUUUUUUUGCAUUAGCAUACAGAGAAGUCAUCCACAUAAGAAUUGCAGAGUAUCCAAAUACAAAUUCUCCAAACUGAUAUCCAUACAUUAAUUUUCCUUAAAAAUUGGUUCAGAGAAUUUGAUUUAAGAUCAAAGACUUUUCCCUUUGUGAUCAUUUUAUUAAUUCUCAUAGACUUUGCCCUUGACAAUCUAUGGAUUUUGUUAGGAGAAAAUUGAUGUUGGUCACUAUUGGGACUUAAAGGGUUAAGGCUCACCAGCUGCAGCCCAGUCAAAAUGAACAAGCAGCAUACAAUUUUGGCACUCCUGCAGUGUUUCAGAUAAGAGACAGGUCUUGGGUCAAUGACCCGACAAAGAAGGCUUCCUGACCUGACAGAUGACAUAUAAGUGUUAAGUUAAAUAUAACAAGAAAGAUUAGCUCUUGGUCUUGGUGACCCCUCAGAUAGUCUGCAUGAUCCCCCUCUUGAAAGAAUUAACUGGAAAGCUGCUCCUGGUGGAAUGUUUUCUGCCAACUCUACAGUUUAAUGAUAUAAAUUAAAAUCCACACAUAUGCAUAUUGUCACCAUUGCCCACCCUUAUCAUAGUUUUCAAAUCCUUUGAAGCCCCAAGAGUGACUUGAACCAAUUUUCUCUUUCAAUGCAUUUGUGCUACUGAAUUGGUUUUCAUUUGGAUGGUAACCACAAGGGAUUUUGUCCACAGACUUAAAAUAUACAACUACAUAGCAUCUAUGGCUGGUUGACUGUAAGGACUAAAGAGGUACAAACAAGUCAGGUUACUUAUGGUUUCUUGGUUUAUGAACUAUUACAUGUGAACUGCUGAGUGAAGAAUAAAUUAUAUUAAAUGAAGGAUGAUCAUCCUUCCUUCCUUCACCCCGCAGUUCACAUAUAUGAGUUUCAUUAUUCAUAACUUCAUCUCCAUCCUUUCACGGGUUUAUAAUGAACCAAUUCAACGACCUGCUCCCAGUUGGCUUGUUAACUUAAUUGGUAGAGUGCUGCAUUGGUAUCGCAGAGGUCAAGGGUUUGAAUCCCGUACAAGCCUGAAUUUUUUUCAGGCUUUCUUUUUGCAACUGCAAAAGUUUCGUAUAUAACUGCGAUUAUCAUCCUGGUUUUUUGGUUUAUUGCAGGAAAGUGUCAACUAGCACCUUACCAGAGGGAGAAAAAGAACUAAGGAAUCACGAAAUUAGUUAUGUCAAGAAAUUCCAGAGUUUUCAGGACAGGAAUCUGCGCCUAAGUGAAGAGGACAACAAGAAACUAAAAAAAGCUAGAAUGCAGGGAACAUUGCAUGAAGAAAUGUUGAAUAGGAGAGAAAAGAUGAAGGCUGAUAGGUAUUGUAAAUAGCCUGUUGUACAAUGAAAUGUAGUCUGAUGACCAGCUUUUUAAUAACCAGCCUUUAAAAAGUUCUUGAACCUCUGCUUGACAUGAAACCAUCUUUUUAGAACAGCAUUGUUUUGUACUGUGGGGUAGAAUAUAAAAAUCUUACCGGUCCUGAAAGUUCAAAUGUGAACAAUGUAAAUUUCUUUCUUUCAUUUUAAAACGCUAAAAUAAGUUCAGGUUGAAUGGGAGCAAUGUGAGAUCUCAUCCACAGACUUCAAAUUAAGAAAAUGUUUAUACAGUGUCAUAAGACUUAUAUUACUUUCACAAGGCACUAAUAGAGCUGUGAUAGUGGCUUGUAGAAGUAUAGACUUGCCUCAAGGCGACCUCCCAAGGUCACAAGUUUUUAAGUGAGUAGAGCGAGCUUUUUAGGUGGCAAAGUGGCCAAGCAAGCAGUGAAGUCGGAUGAAGGACUUUUAUUGUAAGGCUAGUAGAAUUACUGUGGAAGAGGUUUUAUUUGAAUGUACCCACCAUACUGUACGAUUACAUGCACAGCUUCAAAAGUUAGAACCUGUUUAUACAUGACUAGUACAGUAUGACGAAUUUUCCAUUUUAAAGUACCGCUGAAUAGGUUUCUUAUAUAUGAUCAUAUCAUAGGAGACUGUCUUUGGACUUCUAAGUUAAGCCAAUAUUGCGUUGUAUUUUAUUUCCUUGAAGAGAACCAUUCUGGUCUUUGGCAAUGGUUUUUUUCUAUUGAAUCAAUCGAUUAAAAAACUUGUAAGUUUUCAUUCUCCUGCUAGCAUGUAAAUUUAUAUGCUUUGGAUGAAGAUUAGCUCCCUUAAAGCAGUCUUCAUUUUAGACUUGACUGCUAUAAUUUAUUUUCUUGAUAGUAAACUAUAACUUUACGUUAAAACCUCUGGACUGUAAUCAGGUAUUUUGACAUGACAAUGAAGCCAGUUCAAUAAUAUAUUCAGGUUUAAUCAGAUUGCUACCAAAAAUAAAUUCAUAUCCUCGUUACAACAGCCCCACACAAUUUAAUGGUUCUUCUUUUUUAACUAGUUGAUUUGUGUCUGACCCCCCACCCCCACCCCCUCCCAAAUAACUAUGAGGAAAAUAUUUAAGAAACAAUGUAUACAUGUUUCUUUUUUUCAAAUUCAGUACGUUUUUUGUCUAAAUCAUUGCCUAAAAUUCAAACGAAGUGGGUGGAAAAAUUGCAUAUUAACUUAAAAAGCAUGUAAAAUCGUCGUCAAUUGAUAUUUCUUUACACCUAUUACCUAUAAUUGUAACUUUACUUUGGUAAACCUCACUGCGGAAUAAGUGGGAAAAGUGCUAAUCUGCAAUAAGCAUAUAACACAUUGAAAGUUAUUCAUUGCAGUUGCUUUACACUACUUUUACUUUCACUUUGUAAAACCAACGUUGUCAACU